UGUGGAUCUUAAGUGUCAACGCUGGACCUGAAGGAUAUGCUGUGAUGAAACUGUUCUGUAGGCAUCCGAGAGACUGGAGUUUUGAGAAGUCUAAGCAAAAAUACAGCUUUAGAAGUUAUUGUCUGGUAGUGAUUAAAGCCAAAGGCUUGCAUAGAAAAAUGCAAAGAAAACUGCCAUAUGCGCGACUCUGUAACAGAUGCUGCAGGAAUAAAGAUAAAGCCAAGCUAUGGAGGGAUUACUGCAUUACAUCAACCCAGCACACGCCAUUUCUCUCUUAAGUGCCCUCAACGAGGAGCGCCUCAAAGGACAGCUAUGUGAUGUGCUGCUGAUUGUUGGAGAUCAGAAGUUUCGAGCUCAUAAAAAUGUCUUGGCUGCCAGCAGUGAAUACUUCCAGAGUUUGUUCACAAAUAAGGAAAAUGAGUCACAAACUGUAUUUCAGCUUGACUUUUGUGAACCAGAUGCUUUUGAUAAUGUUUUAAACUACAUUUAUUCUUCCUCUUUAUUUGUUGAGAAGAGCAGCCUUGCUGCUGUGCAAGAACUUGGCUAUAGCCUUGGGAUUUCCUUUCUGACUAACAUCGUUACUAAAACACCUCAAGCCCCCUUUCCAACGUGUCCUAACAGAAAAAAAGCGUUUGUAGAAGAUGAUGAAAACAGUUCUCAAAAGAGAAGUGUCAUUGUUUGUCAAAGUAGAAACGAAGCACAGGGAAAAACUGUUAGUCAAAACCAUCCUGACCUAAGCCAUAUUUCCCGGCCCUCACCUAGCAUUGCAGUUAAGGCCAAUACCAGUAAGACACUUGUUCCAAAACCAAUUGAACCACUUCACAACUUGUCAUUGACUGAAAAGAGUUGGCCAAAAGAUAGUUCUGUGGGAUAUGCAAAGUCUCUUGAGCAUUCUGGAUCUUUGGAUGAUCCUAGUAGAAGUAGUUUGGGGAAAAGAAAUGCAGUAUUGCCUUCAAAGCCUCUACAAGACAGAGAAGCUAUGGAUGAUAAACCAGGUGUGAGUGGUCAGCUUCCAAAAGGAAAAGCUAUCGAACUGGCUUUGAAAAGACCACGGCCACCUGUUUUGUCUCUUCGUAGCUCAUCAGAGACUCCCUAUCUGUUAAAAGAAACUAAUAAAGGAAGUGGUCAAGGCGAAGAUAGAAACUUGUUGUACUAUUCAAAGUUAGGCUUAGUGAUCCCAUCCAGUGGGUCUGGUUCUGGAAACCAAAGCAUCGACAGGAGUGGUCCACUUGUUAAGAGUCUCCUCAGACGGUCAUUGUCGAUGGAUAGCCAGGUUCCUGUUUAUUCACCCUCCAUAGAUUUGAAAUCUUCCCAGGGAUCAUCUUCGGUGUCAAAUGAUGCACCAGGGAAUGUGUUGUGUGCUUUAUCUCAAAAGUCAUCUUUAAAAGACUGUAGUGACAAGACAGCCCUAGAUGACAGGCCUCAAGUGCUACAACCGCAUCGCCUCAGGUCCUUAAGUGCUUCCCAGUUCACAGACAGGGAGGGCGCCUCCCCUGGGACAGAGGUGCGCAUCAAGACCGAGCCCAACAGCCCACUGUCGGAGCCCCCAGACAUCAUCCGUGUUACUGUGGGGGAUGCAGCGGCAACGGCGGCAGCCUUGUCAUCAUCGUCAUCAGUCACAAGAGACUUGUCUCUGAAAACAGAAGAUGACCAAAAAGACAUGAGCAGACUCCCAGUAAAAAGGAGGUUCCAGGCAGAUAGGAGGUUGCCGUUUAAGAAGCUGAAGGUGGAUGAGCACGGAUCUCCUGUGUCGGAGGAUCAUUUCGAGGAGGGUUCAAGCCCCACGCUCCUCGAAGCCAAUUUUCCAGAUUCCGAUUUGAAUAAAGAUGAAUUUGGUGAGUUGGAGGGAAUGAAACCAAACAAAAAAUUUAAAUGCAAACAUUGCCUUAAGAUCUUUAGAUCAACAGCAGGUCUUCACCGCCAUGUUAACAUGUAUCAUAACCCAGAAAAGCCCUACGCUUGUGACAUCUGUCACAAGAGGUUUCACACCAACUUCAAAGUGUGGACACACUGUCAGACCCAACACGGCAUAGUGAAGAACCCAUCACCAGCCUCUAGUUCACAUGCUGUUUUGGAUGAAAAAUUCCAAAGAAAGUUGAUUGACAUAGUGAGAGAGAGAGAAAUUAAGAAGGCCCUAAUCAUUAAGUUAAGGCGCGGCAAACCUGGUUUUCAGGGACAGAGUAGCUCACAGGCGCAGCAAGUCAUCAAGAGGAACUUGAGAUCUCGAGCCAAAGGAGCAUACAUUUGUACUUACUGCGGAAAAGCAUACCGCUUUCUCUCUCAAUUUAAGCAGCACAUAAAAAUGCACCCAGGAGAAAAACCCCUUGGAGUAAAUAAAGUGGCUAAGCCAAAAGAGCAUGGUCCUCUUGCAAGUCCAGUAGAAAGCCAGGAGGUUUGCCAGUGCCGCCUCUGUAACGCUAAGCUCUCUUCUCUCCUAGAGCGAGGGAGCCACGAGCGGCUGUGCCGGGAUGCGGCCGUCUGCCCUUACUGCAGCCUCAGGUUUUUCUCCCCCGAGCUGAAGAGGGAGCACGAGAGCAAGUGUGAGUACAAGAAGCUGACCUGCCUCGAGUGCAUGCGCACCUUCAAGUCCUCCUUCAGCAUCUGGCGGCACCAGGUCGAGGUCCAUAACCAGAACAACAUGGCACUGACCGAGAACUCCUUGCCUGUGCUGGACCACAAUGGCCAUGUGACUGGCUCCUCGAGGCCCCAGGUCCUGCCUGAGCCUAAUAAAGUCAACCAUGCUGUCACCACAAAAGAUGACAACGUGUUCAGUGAUUCUUCUGAGCAGGUUAACUUUGACUCGGAAGAUUCCUCUUGUCUCCCUGAAGACCUCAGUCUUUCCAAGCAGCUGAAAAUUCACGUCAAAGAGGAACCCGUGGAAGAGGCCGAGGAGGAGGCGCCAGAGACCAGCACAGCCCCAAGAGAGGCAGGUCCGAGCAAAGACGCCAGCCUGUGGCCCUGCGAAAAGUGCGGAAAGAUGUUCACGGUGCACAAGCAGCUGGAGCGACACCAGGAGCUGCUCUGUUCUGUGAAGCCAUUUAUCUGUCAUGUGUGCAACAAAGCUUUUCGUACUAAUUUUCGGCUCUGGAGUCAUUUCCAGUCGCACAUGUCUCAGGCUACAGAGGAAUCAGGGCAAAAGGAAUCUGAAGCGUGCCCCGUUCCCACAAACUCUCCCUCCCCGCCCCCUCUGCCACCACCGCCACCACUGCCUAAGAUCCAGCCCCUGGAGCCAGACAGCCCCACAGGCUUGUCCGAAAACCCAGCUCCAGCCACAGAGAAACUGUUUGUGCCCCAAGAGUCAGACACCCUUUUUUACCAUGCCCCGCCCCUCUCAGCCAUCACAUUUAAAAGGCAGUUUAUGUGUAAACUUUGCCACAGGACAUUUAAGACUGCAUUUAGUCUUUGGAGUCACGAACAAACACACAACUGAAAGACCAACGCUUUUUACCUAUUAUGAAAUGGGAGGCAGUCUACAGAUUUCAAUCUGAGUUGUGAAAUGUGUCAUAAGAAACAAAAUAUUUUUUAAAAAAGAAUAAAGGUUGGAAAUUGUUAUGCUUGAAUUCACAUUUGAGAUUAACUGAUAUUAAUUAGUAAUGUCCUUACUAAACCUUAGAAAUAAAAAAAAAUAUUGUGGUUCCAGACCCUACAGAAACAAGGUGGUUUGAUUUCAUUAAUGUUGACUUUGGAUUAAUCUUGAUUGUUUGCAUGGUUCCUCAUUCCAUGGUGUCAGUAUAAUCAUUUAAUUGAGGUUUUGGUUUUUACUGAUUUGUAAGUAGUGGAAUACUAUGAAAAUAUUUCUUCUUUUGAUUAUUUCAGACACUUGAGUUCUAUUUAAAUCUUUACCAUGUUCUUAAGUCCAAAAAUAUAUCAGGAAGAAGUGGAGUAGUUUGCAGUAUUGACUUAGAUGUUAGAAUACUUUAGCAAUAAGAAAAUGAUAAACCUCAACUUUAAUAAGUUAUCCUGACACUUGAUAAAAA